UACGAUCAACAACACUGCUUAUUCACUGUUCCACCUUCGUUCUUUCUUGUUUCUGUGUUUUUUGCGUUGUUUUGUAUUCUAAUAAAUAUAUUACAAAAUCAUAUAAAUACCUGUAUUAGUUGUUGUUCACGCAACAGCCAGGAAACGCUAAAAGAAACGGCAAUUAUUACUUAAUUUGAAAAUUAAAAAGACUUUGUUUGCAGCCCCCUAGGUAAGAGAGGAAGCCAUGGCCGAAACAGCGAAGCAACAACCCCAUCCCGACCAUCAUGAUGAGGAUGUGCACGAUGCCAACUACCAAGCACCGCCGGAGAAGACCAUCGAGGAGAUCAUGGCCGCCGAUCAGGAGGAUGAGAGUUUGAGACGCUACAAGGAGGCCCUCCUGGGCGCCGCCCAGACCGAGAAGAUUGUUGUCGAGCCCAAUGAUCCACGCAAGGUGAUUGUGAAAAAGCUGGCGCUGGUUGUGGGGGGACGCGAUGAUAUGGAAUUGGAUCUUACUGGCGACAUUAGUCAGCUGAAAAAGCAGCUUUUUGUGAUCAAAGAAGGUGUUCAGUACAAGGUGCGCAUUGAUUUUAUUGUGCAACGUGAAAUUGUCCACGGCCUUAAGUAUGUGCAAAAGACCUCUCGCUUUGGCAUGCCCGUUGUGGUCGACAAAAUGAAGCACAUGGUUGGCUCGUAUCCGCCGAAAAGGGAAAUUCAGUUCUAUUUGACGCCCGCCGAGGAGGCGCCCUCCGGCACAAUGUCGCGCGGCACUUACUCGGUCAGCUCGAUCUUCACGGAUGACGACAAGCACAUACAUUUGGAGUGGGACUGGACCUUUGAGAUCAAAAAGGACUGGGAAUAAAGCGGGAAAUACACCACACAUAGAAACCCACACACACAACACACCACACACACACACCGACAUAGACACAGACACACAGCAUAUACAAUUUUUUUUUUUUUUUUUGUUUCUUCCCCAAAAUUGUCAUGUAACUAGUUUAUUUUUUGUUUCCAAAAUCUGUAAACGCGAGUUUCCAACAAAAAAUGAAGCAAACCAAUUGAUCGUCAAGUAUUUUUGUGAAUGGUAUUAAAAUGAAACUAUUUUUGUAUCUAAAGAGUUAAAUGUAAAGCCACGAUAUGUAUUUUUAUAUCCAUUUGAUAUCCAAUGGAAUGUGUGUAAAAGAAGAGCAAUUCUCGCCCAAUGUCACUCACAAAGAGAUCCAGUCAAUCCACUCAAGUCAAAACCAAGUCAAGUCAAGUCAAUCAGUCGGCCUCUGCAUGCCAUUGCAUAUGUCUAACAUAUACCCCCAUUUCCAGCUGAAUUCUGAUGAGUAAUCAGAACUUUAAGAAAGUUGUAUGCAUUUUCGCCAUGUAUUUAAAUUUAAUGAGAGGAAAGCGUUUAUUCUUUUCAACUGAAACUGCAAGGGAAGCCCAUACCCAGCCCAGAGGGGAUCCACUCAAUCAAUAAACUGGAUCUGGAACUGGUAACUGGAUAUUGAUACCUUACAAUAAUGCAUUUGAUAUCUGUAAAGUCUACAUAAAAGGGGGAUCCCUCACUGAACUCUAAACUAUAUAUUUUAACUGUAUAACUUAACUAUCUCUGUGUAUUUUUUGUUUAAAAUUUAUGCGAAUGCAGCAGAAUGAGUGCAACUGAAGAGCAAUAAAAAUAAAAUAUAUUUAAAUA